UAAGAACCCAAAAUCUGCACUAUACAAGCAGUACGAGAGUAUUAUCAAACAGCAGUGAUAAUGAAGUCAAGGCAGAGUUUGUCAUGUUCUUCCGCGGAGACGUCCUGACAACACAGCAAACCAGUAAGGCAGGAAACAGCACUUUAAGAGACUUAAUGAACAACUUUAUAAACCGCACUAAGAUUGGACAUGGCCUUGUUCUUCUGGAUUCUUUUAGAAUUUUAGAGAAUGCGACUGAAUUGUGGGCAGGAGAGCAGACCCUAUCUCCCGACUCAGGACGCUGUACAGACUGCCAGGCAGGAUACUACUGCACUCUCACCAAGGAAACUCCCUGUGGCAAAGGAAAAUACAGUAAAGAGGGCGCCAGCUCCUGUGACUCCUGUCCCGCUGGGUAUUACUGCCCAUUGUCCAGUACCUCUGACCCAGAGCCGUGUCCAGCGGGGAAGUUCUCCCAGCCAGGCGCUGUGAUAUGCUCACCCUGUCCAGUGGGAACUGAGUGUCCACUGACUGCCAUGAGUUCUCCUUCACUGUGCCAGAAUGGGACAUACUCUGACAGCAAGGGGACAGUGAAUUGUGAUCUUUGUCCUGCAGGUAAACAGUGUGAAAACCCGUCAGAGUCUCCAGUGCCAUGUAGUGUAAACACCUACAGUCUGGCUGGGUGGUCAGUUUGUAUUCAGUGUCCACAGGGUCACUACUCUGACUCAAAAGGGUCAACUUCAUGUAUACCAUGUCCAGCCGGUCAUGCAUGUCCGACCAGCACAGAACCGCGGACUCUCUGUCCAGCUGGCACCUACAGCCCAGGUGGACUGUCAGCAUGCUUGAAUUGUCCAGAAGGACACUAUGCUGAUUCCAAACGGUCCGCUGCUUGUGCCCCGUGCCCAGCCGGUCACUCCUGUCUUAACAAAUACGACUCCCCGGUGUUGUGUCCAGCAGGGUUAUUCAGUACAGGAGGACGGACGGAAUGUCUCAACUGUUCAGACGGAGAUUACACUAUUGAUAAAGGGUCAAAAUCCUGUACUCCCUGUCCAGCCGGCCACUCUUGUGUUGACCAGGGUAACCCUCCUGUCCCCUGUGGUCCUGGGCAGUACAGCCCCGGGGGGAGGAAGUAUUGUGCUCAGUGUGGGGUGGGGCAGGUGAAGGAGACCUCAGGGGCUGGCAGCUGUGAGGCCUGUCCCCCAGGGUAUCAAUGUCCCACUGCUGCUACCAAGGAGCUAUGCCCAAGUGGUCACUACUCCCCAGGGGGUCUAACCACCUGUGUCCCAUGUCCAGCUGGUCACUCCUGUCCCGUAGCAGGCAGCAGCGCCCCCUCUGAGUGUCCAGUGGGGUCAUACGCGGCCGCCAUGAGCAGUACCUGUACCCCCUGUCCAGCUGGUCACUACUGCCCGAACACCACCAUGGUCCAGCCCGUCCAGUGUCCAGAGGGUCAUUAUCAAGUGGACACUGAGGGGCUGAACUGUACGGAGUGUCCACCAGGUCACAAAUGCCCCAGUAUCUACUCCCCACCACAGUCCUGCUCUACUGGUCAGUACCAGGACCAGACUGGGAUGUCCAGCUGUCUUCAGUGUCCACAGGGUCACUACCAGACAGACACUGGGGGUGUGAGUUGUACUGAAUGUCCACUAGGUCACAGGUGUCCAAGCACCGACACCGUACCAAUUCCCUGCACCAGUGGUCAGUUCACCAACCAGACAGGAAUGACCAGCUGUCAGCCAUGUCCAGCAGGUUACCAAUGUCCAGAUGGCUCCUCUCUGUCCACUAUAUGUCCACCUGGUCAUUACUCCAACCCUGGCAGCACCAGUUGUACCAUAUGUCCUACUGGUCACUACUGUCCAGAUGUGGGAAUGGUCCAGCCUCUACAGUGUCCAGAUGGUUAUUACCAGGCGUCCACUGGGAGUACAAAUUGUACAGAGUGUUCCAUAGGCCACAAAUGUCCCAGUAAGUACGACCCCCCAGUACCCUGCUCCAGUGGUCAGUACCAGAACCAUACAGGAAUGUCCAGCUGUCUCCCCUGUCCAGCAGGCUACCAAUGUCCAGAGGGAGAACAACUGUCCACCAUAUGUCCACCUGGUCAUUUCUCACACCCUGGCAGCUCUAACUGUACCAUAUGUCCCCUGGGUCACUACUGUCCAGAGGAUGGUAUGGUCCAGCCUGUUCAGUGUCCGGCUGGUCAGUACCAGAUGACCAGUGGUAGUACCAGUUGCGUGGAGUGUCCUGUAGGUCACAAGUGCCCCUCCUUGAACUCCCCACCAGUCCCCUGUCUCUCUGGUCAGUACCAGAACCAGACUGGAAUGUCCACCUGUCUCCCCUGCCCAGGUGGUCACCAGUGUCCAGUGGGGACGGACCCGCCUGUCACAUGUCCUGUUGGUCACUCUGCCGAGAUGGGGAGCACCAGUUGUACCAUAUGUCCCCUUGGUCACUAUUGUCCAGAUGAAGGCAUGGUCCAGCCUCUUCAAUGUCCGGAGGGUCAUUUUCAGAUGUCCACUGGGGGCAUUAAUUGCAGUGUGUGCCCUAGAGACCACAAGUGUCCAGACAUCACCUCUCCCCCUGAACCCUGCCCCACGGGACAGUACCAGAACUUGACUGGGAUGACCAUCUGUCUGCCGUGUCCCGGUGGCCAUGAGUGUCCUAUAGGGGGCAGCUCUCUCAUCCCGUGUCAACCUGGAUACUACUCGGACACUGGUCACUGCACGAUCUGCCCCACCGGUCACUUUUGUCCAGACAUGGGGAUGUUUCAGCCUGUUCAGUGUCCGGCUGGUCACUAUCAGAUGUCCACUGGGGCUACGAAUUGCUCAGAAUGUCCGAUAGGUCAUCACUGCCCCAGUGUAUUCAGUCCACCUCAGUCCUGCUCCGCUGGUCAGUACCAAAAUCUGACCGGGAUGACCGGUUGUCUGCUGUGUCCUGGUGGCCAUCAAUGUCCCGAGGGAGGCGCCAUUCCAGCUGAGUGUCCGGCCGGUCACUACUCAAGCCCUGGUGGCUCUAGCUGCACUCUCUGUCCUAUUGGUCACUAUUGUCCCUAUGCGGGCAUGGCUGACCCGUUCUUGUGUCCGUCUGGUAGCUACCAAAUGACCACUGGUAGUAUGAAUUGUACUGAAUGCCCACAAGAUAACAAAUGCCCCAGCGUGGAUGCCUUGCCAAUACCCUGUGUGGCGGGUCAGUACCAAAACCAGUCCGGGAUGACGGCCUGUCUGGCUUGUCCAGGUGGAUACCAAUGUCCAACAGGAAGUAACUCCAUCCAGGAGUGCCCAGUGGGUCACUUUGCAUACCCAGGGAGCUCUAGCUGUACCAUAUGUCCCACUGGUCACUAUUGUCCAGAUGUGGGCGUGGUCCAGCCCAUUCAGUGUCCUGACGGUCACUAUCAGAUGUCCACUGGGAGUGCAGUGUGUGUUGAGUGUCCGCAGGGUCACAGGUGCCCCAGUAUCUAUUCCAUAGCAGUACCUUGUUCUGUCGGUCAGUACCAGAAUCAGACUGGGAUGACCAGCUGUCUGCCCUGUCCCGCUGGCUACCAGUGUCCCGACGGGACCGCCUCCCCCACCAAAUGUCCAGUGGGUCAUUAUUCCGAGACUGGUAGCACUGAGUGCACAUUGUGUCCCCUUGGUCACUACUGUCCAGAUGUGGGUAUGGUCCAGCCAGUCCAGUGUCCGAACGGUUACUAUCAAACAUCCACUGGUGGGAGCACCUGCAGCGAGUGCACCGCAGGUCACAGAUGCCCCAGUAUCUACUCCAUACCCGAGGCCUGCUCUACUGGUCAAUACCAGAACCAGACAGGAAUGACCAGUUGUCUCCCCUGUCCCGCUGGACAUAAGUGUCCAGUUGGAAGUAACCCACCAGUUGUGUGUCUGGCUGGUCAGUACGCGGAGGCAGGCAGCACCAGUUGUACGGACUGCCCCACUGGUCACUACUGUCCAGAUGUUGGUAUGAUCCAGCCUGUACAGUGUCCAGAUGGUUACUACCAGACAACACUAGGUGGCACUAGUUGUACGGCAUGCUCAGCAGGUCACAGGUGCCCCAGCAUCUAUUCCCCUCCCAUACCCUGCUCUAGCGGUCAGUACCAGAAUGUCACGGGGAUGUCCAGCUGUCUCACAUGUCCGGGAGGUCACCAGUGUCCAUCGGGGAGUGGGUCGUCCAUUGCCUGUCUCCCAGGGAACUAUGCCAAUCCAGGCAGUACUAGUUGUACCAUGUGUCCUACUGGUCACUACUGUCCAGAUGUGGGCAUGGUCCAGCCUGUACAGUGUGCAGACGGUCACUAUCUUACAAUGAUGGGGGGUACAAGUUGUACAGAAUGCCCAUCUGGUCACAGAUGUCCCAGUAUAUACUCGCCCCCAGAGGCCUGUCUCUCUGGCCACUGGUCACAGAUGUCCAGUGGGAAGCAAUCCUCCUGA